AUGGAGGUUACUAGAGUGCUGGGUGGCAUAUACAUGGGUGGGUUCACGCCGUUGGCGAACCACACGCCGUUGAAAGCGGAGUACAACAUCACGCAUAUCCUCUCGGUGAUCAAGUUGGACACUAUACCGGAGUACCUGGUGCGCAAGGGAUACACGCUGAAGUCUAUCCCGAUAGAUGACGACGACACCACUGACAUUCUGCAGUACUUCAACGAGUCCAACAAGUUUCUGGACCACUGUCUGUACCCGUACGAGCAAGAGUACGACCCGGCGCUGGUGGACUUCCGGAAGAAGAAACAGGACCCGCAGAACGCGGUGUACGUGCACUGCCAGGCGGGUAUCUCCAGGUCGACGUCGUUCGUUGUCGCCUACCUGAUGUACAGGUUCGGCCUGCGCUUGAAAGACGCCUUGCACGCGGUGCGGAGGAAGAGACCUCAGGUCGAGCCCAACCCGAACUUCAUGGAACAGCUGCAGGUGUACGCAGAGAUGGGCGCCAACCGCGUGGACCCGGACAACCAGCUGUACAAGACAUGGAAGCUGGCACAGUCCAUCAAGGUCGACCCCACUGGGCGCGACAUCUUGUCCAAGGACGACACAUAUAAGGACAGCUCAAACGAGGACCAAGAGCUGGACAAGCUGACAAAAGAAGAGCUUUCACAAACCACAGUGAUCAGGUGCAAGAACUGCAGGAAAAGAUUGGCCCUGUCGACUUCCUUCAUAAAGCAUGACCCACCAAGUAAACAAUCCUCAGAGGGACACUUCAUCAGAAGAGCAGCCGGGUCUCGCAGAAUCAUCGAUAUCCAGGAAUCAUCCACUACUUGCUCUCACUUCUUCGUCGAGCCAUUGAACUGGAUGAAACAGGAACUGCAAGGUAAACAAGAACUGGAAGGGAAGUUCUCUUGCCCCGGUUGCAGCUAUAAAGUCGGAGGCUAUAACUGGAAGGGCUCCAGGUGUAGUUGCGGUAAAUGGGUCAUUCCUGCCAUCCAUCUACAAAGUAGUAAAGUUGAUCACUUUCCUUUGGCAGAGAGAACAUUGCCAAACAUGGUUAAUUUCAAGCCAUCGAACGUGCCUUUACCCAAAAAUUGA